UUUUUCCCUUUUUUAUUAUUAUUAUUAUUUUUAAUCUGGUUUAAUCUGAGGGAGCUCUCUCCCUCUUUUCCUCAACCUCUAACUCCGAGGUCGCAGCCUAUGCCCCCCGUCGUUCGGAAGGACCGGGCCUAAUAUGCCAGUGUCACCUUCGCCUUGCAGUCGUCGCGAUGAAGGAAAAAUCCAAGAACGCGGCGAAAACAAGGCGGGAAAAGGAAAAUGGAGAAUUCUACGAACUGGCCAAGCUCCUGCCGCUGCCCUCGGCCAUCACCUCGCAGCUGGACAAGGCGUCCAUCAUCCGCCUCACCACCAGCUAUCUGAAGAUGCGAGCCGUCUUUCCCGAAGGUAAAGUCCGACAGCGGUCCGCGUCACCCUCGGGAGCCGAGCAGGGGACAUCGAGGGUCCCGGCGCCGGGUGCUGGGCGAGGGCUGCGGGGACCGUGCGGGGCCUCAAGGCCGAGCAGCGCGGAAGGAGAGGUUCCGGAACACUGCGCGGGGUGCGGCCGGAGGGGCAGCCCCGAUCCCGGGAGAGGCGGGGGCACAAAUGCGCGCUUUGCUCCGCGUUGCUUCUCCUUCGCUUCGUCCCCUCCAUGGCGGCGAGGAUUUGGGGAGAGC